ACGUUGUCGUUUCUGGAUAUUUUACGUUGCAAAAUCCCCUAGAAGAAAGUUCCGUCUUCAGACAACCAAAUUCUCUAAUCACGAAGGGGGCAAAAGCUAGGGUUUCACAUUCCUCAACAAAUUUAAUUCGGCAGCUCAGCCUCUGAAUCGUCACCUUACCGAAAAUUGUGGCUAGCUAUAAGUUUAGGUGCUUCCUUUUCUUAUCGUGGUAGGUAGAACCAUCAGCGAUGGAUUACAGCGGCGCUCCACGGAACGGUGCCGGUUAUGGCGAAGAGCCGCCGCAUUAUGGAGGAAUUUAUGAAGCAGAAGGGGGAAACUACGGUUCGAAUGAUAAUAUAGAUGUUAGUACAAGAUUAAAGCAUGAUUCUUCGUCGUCUGAAGGAAAGCUUUUCGUUGGAGGCAUUGCUUGGGAGACGCCAAAAGAAUCACUGAGCUUGUACUUCAGUAGAUAUGGAGAAAUUACAAAUUGUGUCAUAAUGUAUGAUAAAACCUCUGGGAGACCACGGGGUUUUGGAUUUGUGACAUUUGCGGAUCCGGAGGUUGCUGAAAAGGUUUUAGAGGAAAACCAUGUAAUUGAUGGAAGAGCGGUAGAAGUAAAGAGAACUGUUCCCAGAGAGAAUGUGCAAGUUCGUGGUGGAGGUUCAGGGACAAAGAAAAUUUUUGUGGGCGGUCUUCCAGUGACACUGACUGAAGAUGAUUUGAGAGAGUACUUUUCUUCUUAUGGUAAUGUUGUUGGCCACCAAAUUAUGCUGGAUCGAGAGACUGGUCGAUCUCGUGGCUUUGGCUUUGUAACUUUUGAUAGUGAAGACGGUGUUGAAAGAGUACUCUCAAAUGGUCGAAUGCAUGAACUUGGAGGAAAGCAAGUUGAGAUAAAGAGGGCUGAACCAAAAAGAUCUGGUUUUGAUAAUUCGAGUCAAAGCCGGCCUCGCCAUGGUGGCAGUAGUUCAAAUCCUCCCGGUAACUCUGUUGAUGUUUCAGAGGGUUAUGCAGGUGGCUAUGGUGGUAAGAUGGGCGGAGCCUAUGGUGGCUACGGUGGUUAUGGAAAUAUGGCUGGGAAUUAUGCCGGUGGGGCUUUAGGGUUUUAUCCAGGGUACGGUGGGUACGGUUAUGGUUAUGGAUCCGGUGGCCCAUUCUAUAGUGGUGGUGCAUAUGGUGGUGGCGGAUUCGGGGUUCCUGUGGGUUAUAACCGAACUGCUGGUUAUGGCAUGCAUAAUGGAUACAGUGGUGGCGGCGGCGGCGGCGACGAUGAAGGCUUUGAAAGCAAUGGCAAUGAUGGAGCGAAUGGUGCUGCAAAUGGCGCCGGCGGUGAAUACGGCGGCGGUAGAGGGUAUGGCAACGGUGAUGCAAAAAAUGGGAGGUUUCAUCCCUACCGGAAGUGAGACUAAAUAUGCAGCUUGAUUUCUUGAAUGGAUAUUUGAUAUUCUACAGAUGGUUCUUACUAGAAAUGUUCAAAUAUUUAUAUUUUGUUGUUUUAAAUGUGCUUAAGGGAUAUUGUUUACAUUGUAUAAAUUGCUGUGUUAUAUA